AUGCUGCAGCUGCAGGAGCUGAUGCUGCAGCAGCAACGGGGCGGUUUGUUCGGAGAUAUGCUGCCUUGGGGCCAUAGAUUCAGCAGCAGCAGCAGCAGCAGCAGCAACACCUUUGCCGUAGACUGCAGGGCCCCUCUGUCACGGGUGGAGACAGAAGUGAGACGCUCUGUGCAGGCAGCUGAGCGUCCACCGAUGCAGCAGCUGCAGCAGCUGCAGCAGCUGCAGCAGCUGCAGCAGCAGUCACAACAGCAAAUGGAGGAGUUUGCGCGAGAGUCUCAGGCAGAAGGGGGCCUGCAACAGCAGGAGCAGCUGCUGCAGCAGCAUCUACAGCAGCAGCAACAGCAGCAGCAGGAGGAGGAUGAGCAAGAGGAACUGCCGCCGCAGCAGCAGCAAGAGCCCAGCAGCAGCAGCACACGCACAGGGGAACGCUCGCGGCAGCGGGGGUGGCGGGGUGCUCGGACAUCAGCAGAGGGUGAGGCUGCUGCAGAGCAGCAGCAGGAGCAGCAGGAGCAGCAGCAACUGCAGCAGCAGCAGCGUCAGCAGCGUCGCGGGCAUGCACGACAGCACCAGCACCAGCAGCAGCAGCAGCAGCCAGAGGAGCACGAUGCCGAUUCCUUGGAUAGCAGCGACUCGAUGGAUGUAGACAGCCACGUAAAGACAGGUAACACCUUCUUGCUGCAGCUGCUGCUGCUGCUGCUUCUAUAG